AUGGUUAUAAAUAAUAUCAGAGAAAUGCUAGAGAUGAAUGCCAGGCUCGCAGUUAUUGAUGGAUGGCUAGUAGAUGUUGUGAAACGAAAACCAAUCAAUUUUUGGAGUCCCGAAAUAAGAUUACUAUUACCGAAUGACGAUGACUACAAAAAGUUAUCACAACAAAAUUUGGUAGAUUGGACGAGACUAAAGAAGGAUUCUAAUUCAGUACUUGUUGGAGUGAGAUCUAUAGAACUAUUCAAACACAUAAAUCUAGUUUUGCGAGAGUUUUUCCUGUUAGAAGAUGGAAGAAUAAUCCUGAAGAGAAUCAGAGGUAAAUUACAUUACAAAGUGAUUAAGACAUUCGCUUGUAGAUGCUGCAGGUUAUAUUUGCCAAAAUGGGGCACCGUGUACAUACAUCCGAUGCUAAAAGAUAAAGAAGUGUCCUUAGCUGGGGUAUGUGAGUUUUCGUUGGACGUUGACCCCGAUCGGGAGUAUCCACUAAUUAACAUCAAUGUCAAUCACCAGUACAUUAUAAUCGAGGGCUUCCUUCUAUACUUGAAUGAAAUGAAGCUCUGUAAGUGGGACGAUAACAAUUUAAGAGCACAGAUUGGCUUAGCGGGGUGGACCUAUUUGAGAAGGUUUUACAAUCCGGUGAGCCUAGACAUACUUUACAGUUUAAACUCAAAUUAUUAUUUUGUGAAAGAUGAUCAGCUAUUUCAAUUAUUAGGAAAGAGGAUUUUUGUUAAAUUUUGUAAAGUAAUGGAAAACGGAAAGGACGGUAAAGCCCCUGUGUGGUACUGUGCGAGGACAACAACUGCAAAAGCUACACAUAUAGGGUAUGUCUUGCCAAAUACAGCAACACUAGACUCCCUCAAAAAUAAGAAAAAUGCUUUUAGGUUUAUUGUUAGAGAAAACCCGAUCGUUGACGAUAAAACCUCCAACCUGACCUAUCCGGAUAUAAGAAAACAGCUGUUUACUGAAGUAGAGGUUGUAAAGAGAGAAAUCUCAUCAUAUAUUUCUCAAAUAGAAAAUCAGCUCACGCAACAUAAUGACCAAGAGGAAAAAAAUAACAUCAGAGUGAGUAAGGUUUCUGGAGAAAUACUAGAUCAAAUUCCUAAUUUUCCUGUAUCCAAAGUCGCCUUGUUGUUGAUUUCUGCUGGUGAGGAUAGAAGUUAUAUUGAACUAGUUGAGGAGUUAGCAAGAAGAUUGGAAAAAAUGACCAUAGAAAAAACCACACAAUCUCUAGAGGAUGUAAGAGAUACUUUUCAGGCAAAUUCUGAGAUGCAAGCCAAGUUUGAUAAGGAGUAUUAUCAGAGCAUCGAAGAAUACAAAUUCACUCUCGAACUUAUUAAAGAAGACCUUUUGAUCGUACUAGUAAAACAACUAAAAAAUAUACGGGUCCCUGAGGAAGAGUGGAAGAAAGAAGAGUAUGUUUCUCCGAGGUUCUUAGUAGCGGAUGGAUUUUUAAUCGAUCUGGCGGAAGAAAACCCAAUUAAUCCAAAGGACCCCCGUUUAUUGACACUGCUUAAAGAUUACCAGCGUGACAUGAUUUCCCAAACGAACCUGGUUGAGUGGAAUGACCUCAAAAAAUGUCAGGAUCCCAUCCCACUGCAAGCUAAAUCCUUAUUUAAAUUUUGUAAACAAAUAAAGAAAAAAUUUCUACGAGAUGCGGACUUCAAGCUACAUGUACUACCUACAGAAGCAAAUUUGACGGAUGGGCGAAUGACAGUUCUGUGUUCCUGCGUUCCUAUUCGUUUCGAUGAUAACACUGUCCGAUAUCUGUAUGAUGACAGCAUUAUUCCUGAAUUUGAAACAACACCGCCAUAUGCACCAAAACAGUCACAUCGUACAUGGAGAGAGUGUUUGCAAAAGGACCCUGAGCUCGUUUUCCAGGAGGCCCUUAAGCGCAUGCGACUUUUAACAGCUUACGAAGAAUUGAGAAGAAACUAUAUUGCGGCGUUCGAGGAACUAAGUACGGCAAAUUACAAUGACUAG